AGCUCCUUGAUGAAAUUCGACCCACUUGAUUAUGGCCCAGCUUCAAUAAUCAAGUCCAGUUAAUUGCUGAAACGACGCCGUUGUCAGCUCCUCUUCUUCUUCUUCCCCAAUUCUUCAAUCUUUGCCAACCGAACCCUAAAUUCGAUUGGGAAGCAAUAAUGCCUAAAUACAAAGACGAGCCUACUGCAGUUCGUGUCUAUACAGUUUGCGAUGAAUCCAAAUUCCUGAUUGUGAGGAACGUUCCUUCUCUCGGAUGCGGCGAUCAGCUCGCGCAGCUGUUCUCUACUUACGGCCAAGUCGAAGAAUGUAAGCCUAUGGAUGCUGAAGACUGUGAGCAAUAUACCGAUGUUUACUGGAUCAAGUUUCAUCAGGUCAAUAAUGCCAGGUUUGCUAAAAGGAAAUUGGAUGAGUCCGUUUUUCUUGGAAACCGAAUACAAGUAUCGUAUGCGCCUCAAUACGAGAGCCUUUCCGAUACGAAAGAGAAGUUAGAAGGGAGGAGGAAAGAAGUUUUAUCACGACUAAACCCUAGAAAAUCCAACGCACCUUUGAAUUCUAGUAGUAAGCCUUUCUCGGUUUCGAAUCCUUUGCUAAAGGAUAAAUUUUCUCAGACAUCUUCCUCAGCUCAAAGUCAAAGUCAAAGGCAGUCGAGCGAAUCACGAACUGUCGCCACUGGACAAACAUACUCCAUGUCAUUAGUUCAAUCCGAUAAGGAAUAUUUCCCGUCGGAAUCUAUGAAUCGAACGGUUCAUUUGGUGAGGGAUAAACUGAAUAAGAUACAAUCAACGAGUAGCGAGCAUACAGAAGCUGGUUCCUCCAAAAAGGCACGUGUCGAUAAUAGAAGAAGAAUCUAAAUAGAGUUUUGGAAAAUGGAAUACGAGUUAUUUUUGUAGUUGAGUUCUCUACUUUUAUUCGAUUCUCGAUUGUUUGUUAAAAAUCGUUUGAGCUCGUUUAUUAACAUAACUAAACAAUUCUCGAAUAAAUAUUUCCGCUUGA